GUUAGAAGGAGCCUCAGACUUCUGUCUCUAAAGUGCUGUGCAUUGAAAAUAUAUGAGAGAAGGCUGGACCAGUAGCAGUUCCCAUGGUGACAUACAUUCUGGUGACUAGAUUAAGGUGGAAUAGGAAUGAAGGUGUCCAAGCACACAAAAUUUUGCAUUAUAUGUCUGUUUACUUUUAUUGUUAAUAAUGGUAAACAUUGCAAUGGCUAUGUACAUGACCACACAUCAGGGGAAAGCCAAGUUAACAAUCACAAUGAUAACGGGAUCUCAGAAGAGCCAUAUCUGCAAAAUGGAAUUUCAGAACUGUCAUUAAGCAAAUCUUCAUUUCCUGAAGCUGAGCAUGAGCAAAAAUAUUAUAUCCAAAAAUUAUUUCAUCGCUAUGGAGAGAAUGGAAGAUUGUCUUAUUACGGACUGGAAAGGCUUUUAUCCAGUUUGGGUCUUGGUGAGGUUAAAGUAGUUGAAAUAGGCCAUGAGAUAAUUGGCCAUGAUCCUGUUUCACAUCUGGAUGUUCUAGAUGUUCAGAAAGGAAAGCAUUUACAUGUACAUGAUCAUAUAGAAUCUCCUCCCUUUACAAAUGAAAAAAAUGAAUCAAAAAUUGUUCCAAAAAAAGAGUUUAACAAGUGUAACCAAAAAAAUUCAUCAGUGCCCAUGGAGUAUAAAAGCACCCAUAAAAAUCCCUUGCAUCAAGUUCAUAAUAGUACAUACAAUUACCAUAACAAUAGCCACCAAAAUCACAAUGCUGUAGUUAGCCAUGUGUCACUUGAAGGGCAAACAAAUGAACCAUUGACCAGUACAAAUACAACACAGGAACAAGCAAAAAAUCUUUACAAGCAUAAGAAGAGACGUAAAGGAACAAAAACCAACAAAGUCACUGUAGACUCACAGUUUGAUUUUGAACAAGGUCAAGAUGAAAACAAGCACAGUUUGAAGCCUGACCAUACCUCUGCUGCAUCUCUUAUUCCCAGGAAUGUGGAUGAUGAUGAUAAUCUUGAAUUCAAGGAACACAGACAGGGGCCUGUACAUCUUCAUAGAAACACUUAUAAAAGAGAAGCUCCUAAUGAUCAGCCAACUAUAAAAAUCCAUGCAGACUUUCAGAAAAUGCACAGUGAACAUGACAAUGAAGUGCAUGAACAUGAUGAGUGUUUAAAUGUUACUCAGCUCCUCAGUUACUAUGGGCUAAAUGUCAACUCUCCAAUUUCUCCUGACCAGUUUGCUUAUCUGUGCCCUGCACUGUUGUAUCAGAUUGACAGUAGGUUUUGCAUUAAGCAUUUUACUGAAUUAGAAGUAGAGACUUUGCAAGUAAGAGAAGGAGCAGCAUCUGCCUGGAUCUGUGGCCUCAUCUCUAUCACUGUCAUCAGCCUAUUGUCCCUUGUGGGAGUAAUUUUGAUUCCAGUCAUUAACCAAGGCUGCUUCAAGUUCCUACUCAACUUCCUUGUCGCUUUAGCUGUGGGAACCUUAAGUGGAGAUGCACUUCUUCAUCUCUUGCCCCAUUCACAAGGAGGGCAUGACCAUGCUUUAAAAGAACCUGGACAAGGUCAUUAUUUGGAUCAAGCCUCAAGCAGGGAAUUUUUGGUGGAAUAUGACAAUGUUAUGAAAGGUCUUGUUGCCCUUAGUGGAAUCUAUUUUCUCUUCAUAAUUGAGUAUUGUCUACAAAUGUUUAAAAUUUCUAAGGAAAGAAGGGGAAGACGAAACAAGUUGAAGAGCAAGCAAAAAGCAGAUGAGUCUGCUAUACAAAGAAAAUUAUCUGAUCACAAAAUAAAUCAACAGUCAGAUCCUGAAUGGCUACAACUAAAACCUUUGGCAGACCCAGCUGCAUCUGAGUCCCAGAAAGAUCAUCUCUGUCAAUCGCCUAUGAAGGUUUUUGUUGCGGUUGAAGAUGCCACAUCAAAUCUUAACAAGGAUUGCUCUUGUGAUGCUAAUCAAAGUGUGGAUGAUGGCCAAUUUGAUAAUAAUUAUACAAGAGCAGAUACACCAAAGAAACAAAGUAACAGUAAACACUCCCACCAUUCACAUGGCCAUUGCCACACAGGAAAAGUCAUGAAGGAUACUGGGGUUGCCAGUAUAGCUUGGAUGGUGAUAAUGGGAGAUGGAAUACAUAAUUUUAGUGAUGGAUUGGCCAUAGGAGCUGCUUUCAGUGCUGGCCUGACAGGUGGAAUUAGCACCUCAGUAGCUGUAUUCUGCCAUGAGCUUCCUCAUGAAUUAGGAGACUUUGCAGUGCUUCUAAAAUCUGGUAUGACUGUAAAACAAGCAGUUGUGUACAAUCUCCUGUCUGCAAUGAUGGCUUAUGUGGGCAUGUUGAUAGGUUCAGCAGUCGGGCAAUACAUCAAUAAUAUCACUUUGUGGAUUUUUGCCAUUACAGCUGGCAUGUUUCUAUACGUAGCACUUGUUGAUAUGCUUCCAGAAAUGCUGCAUGGUCAAGAUGAAAAUGAAGAAUAUGGAUACUGUCCAGUAGGACAAUUCCUCCUGCAGAAUUUAGGACUUCUGCUUGGUUUUGCUCUUAUGCUUGUCAUUGCCCUGUUUGAAGAUAAAAUAGUGUUUGACAUCCAUUUCUAAUAGUACUUUCUGUGGUCCAGAAGAUGUAGAACUUGUUUGUCCACUGACAAGAUGGUUCAAGCAGGUAAAUGAAAUCCCAAAAAUGUAAGGCAUGUUAUCCUAAUACAGUCCCACAAAGGAAACCAUUAUACUAUGUGAAACCUGAA